AGUUAUUUGCAGAUGACACAAUUUUCAGGGCACAAAGUUCACUUUUUAGUCAUCAAGAUCAAUAUUUUCGUUAUCUAAAGCCUGUCCAGCUGAUAAAAGGGUCAAUGAGGACUUCGGACAGCAAGUCGUGUAACAUCGUAGCCAUGGCGAUGCGAGGGAGAUGGUGCCGGACGAGGAUUGGGAACAUCUUCCUGGUCAUCAUAGUCGUCGCUAUGGUCCUUUUUGUCCUCAACUACUUCUACGGCCUCGAUACAUUCUUCCGCAAGGACAGACAGCCAAUUGACACUGAAAUGGGUCCAAUUAGGUCACACAGGAAACACCACAGGACACAUCGCAAACAUGGAAGGACGUCAAAGUCUGACGUGCAAGUUUGUCCACGGCCAAAACUCGAUUUACAACACGACAUCAUCAAAGGGGCAUUCCACCAAGUGCCACCACUGCGUUGUUUGAAAAAGCCGCUAUUCUACAUCGAAGAUGGCGUCAUUCAUGUCAACCAAUCGGAAGUCCGGGGGAAAAAGAUUGAAAAGUGCGUGUAUCGUGCAAUAGAGAGAAUGGUCGAUAACAUGUACGUCUACUCGAAGCCUCACACCCGAUACCAGGAACCGUUUGCUUUGAAAAUAAAGCAUGAUUUCUUCAGGGUGCAGUGUUUUGUUAGCGACAUGAACCCGGGGAGACAGUUGAAGCAGGUUCAGGAUGAUGGGGUGGCUGCCAACCUAGCCAUGAAUUCUGAUACCAGACAGGUUAGGGCUGGCAAUUUGCGUAGACAGGCUAAGCUUGAUGCCAAUGCUGGUUUGCGUAGACAGGCUGAUGUUACUGGGAAUAGACAGGUUAGGCCUGGUGAUACGCAUAGACAGGCUGGGCUGGAUGGUGCACAUAGACAGGAUAGGGUUGCUGCCUUUGAUAGACAGGACGAGCUCGAUGGUGUUGGUGGACAAGCAGCUCGGCUUGAUAGUGGUCAUAAGCAAACUGGGGUGGGUACUGGUUCUAGGGGAAAUUUGAAUCCAGUGCAUCAAGUUCAAUCUGGAAGAGUUCAACCUGGUGUAGGGUUCAGGAGUGAGAAUACUGGCGACAUUGGCCGAAGGGGGAAGACACAUCCUGACUCAUUGAAUAAUCUGUAUGAAGACAAGGGUGAGGAGAAUACGAACAAUGUGGGCAUGGUGGGGGAAAAGAACGAGGCUUUUAGGGGUGGUGUUGUCGAAAAUGGGGUGGUGCGGGGUAGGUUGAAUGGAGGAGCUGAGUCAGUGGCUGUUCACAGGGGGGAAAGUGUUAGACCUGUGGAGCAUAAGGUUAAAGGGAAUGGGAACAUUGGUGAACAACCUCGGGGUGGCAAUGUCCAGGAUUCCGUGCUUCGUGAUGGGGUGAAACAAGAUCAAGGUAGGGUCGAGGGCAGUUUGAAACAGGGUGGACCUAAUGUUAGGCGGGUAGAGAACGGAUUGUUAAGUCCAGUCGCUAGGGAUGAGAAUCGGCUUGAUUCUGCUGGGAGAAGAGGUAUGGAACAAAGAGUACGCCCCAUGCUUGCAAAUAGUCUGCAAAAUCAACAGAACCCUGUUCAAAAUGGUCAAAAUCCUCCUGCCAAGAAAAAACAAGGUGAUCCUACUGCUAAUGUUAUGAAAGCACCCGUGAAGACUAAAAUAAACACACGCCUUCCCAACGACCUGAAUCGGCCAGUCAACCUGAAUCAACCUGUUAACCCCGCCCAAAAAGCUCCCGCCAAGCCGGUCCGUGGGAUGGACAAUGUCGAUCCUAAGCCAACACAGACCACAACGCCACCUGCAGACGACGACUCCGAAGAAAUGUACGACAAUGAACCCGACUAUGAUCAAUUCUUUGCGCAUGUCCACCCGCGCAGAGACGUGUUCGAACGCAUAGACGAACUCCGACCAAAGGAUGGUACCAAACAAAUGAAUGUUCUGAUGGUGAUUAUCGAUUCGCUGUCGCACAUGAGUUGGAAGAGGAAACUACCCCAGACCUAUCGCUUCUUGAAGAACAGUUUGGGUUCGACCGUUCUUGAUGGAUACAAUAUCGUCGGCGACGGGACUACACCUAAUAUUGUUGCACUUCUUACAGGAAAACAAAUUGAAGAACUCCCCGAGACGAGAAGAAGUCAAUACGAUUCGACUUACGUCGACCGUUACCCGUUACUCUGGCUCGACUACGAGAAAAAAGGCUACGCUACACUCUUUGCCGAGGACGAACCAACAAUGGGGACAUUCAAUCUACGCUUAAACGGAUUCGAAAAGACACCAACCGAUCACUACAUGCGGCCGUUUUGGCAAGCUAUUUGGGAAUCGACGCUGAACAAAAAUAGUCCGCGUUUCUGUCUUGGUGAAAAACCAAAACAUCAAUACAUGUUGGACUAUGGUCGAGAUUUCUUCGUCAAAUAUCAUAAUGUUUCGAAAUUCGGUAUAAUCUUCCACGGGGAGUUGACGCACGCUGAUAACAAUCCCGGUGAACACAUCGAUACUGAUCUAGUCAAGUUCCUGGUCGCGUUAAAAUCCGGACAUUAUUUGGAUAAUACUUUACUGGUUGUCAUGAGUGACCACGGGGCGCGAUACAGCACCGUGCGUCACACAAUACAAGGCAAACUAGAGGAAAGACUUCCGUUAAUGUCCUUGGCCUUCCCGAAAUGGUUCCAAAAGAAAUAUCCCGCGUCUAUAAAAAAUCUUAAAGACAACGUCGGAAAGUUAACGACGCCUUUUGAUGUUUAUGAAACAUUGAAAGAUGUUUUAGAUUCGAAACGAUUAGAAACGCGGCCGAAAUAUAACGACAGGGGUAUUAGUGUUUUGAAGUCGAUUCCGAGAAAUAGAACUUGUGCGUCUGCUGGUAUUGCCCUGCACUGGUGCACGUGUUUACGUUAUGAGGAAGUUGAUACGAAGGACAAGCUGACGCGGAAAGCCGCGGCAGCCGUCGUGACGCACAUGAACAAGAUGACGACUAAUCAUCGGGACGUGUGCCAUGAGCUGACGUUACAGAAUCUGUUCGAUGCAAAGAUGAUUAUUCCAAAUGAACAGUUACUGAAAUAUUACAACUCCUUCGACAACGACCACCGGAUUGCUAACUUCACGAAAAAGGCUCAGGUCGAUUCGGCGCACUUCCAGAUAACGUUUGAUACGGCGCCAAGCAACGCCCUCUACGAAGGGACAGUCCUCGUCGACUUCAAGAAAGGAUCGUACAAAGUCACGUCGGAAAUCAGUCGUAUAAAUCCUUAUAACAAGGAAUCGCAUUGUGUUAUUGAUAAGUAUCCCGAGUUGAGAAAGUUCUGUUAUUGUAAAAAGUCAUUUUCUUCAUCGCCAGCAAGUAGGACAUAUGUGUGAGAGAGUAGGCCGUACAUUAUAUUCCAAUUAAAAAGUCAGUAGAACAUAGGCCUAUUUAUAAUUGUUUGAAAGACACCGGCAAGACAAAUCAACACUGACUAUAUUUCUUUGCCGAAAUAUUGCAACGUGGAAUGCAUUGGGAAUAGAAAUCGGCUGUUCAAGGCGCAAAUGUCUCAACCGUGUAUUUCAAGAUGUCAGUCAUUAGUGUCAUCGCAACAGUGCUUGAAGUUGCUUGCGAUAAAUUCUGAAAAUAAAGAAGUUUUUGGUAUUAUUUGCACAAGAACUGUGUUCAUAUCAUGUAAUUGCUCAAUACAGGGUAGCCCAAAAAAAUGUCUUCGUGAAUGGUUUACCCACACUUGAGACAUUUUUAUCGGCUUAUCCUGUAGUUCCAGCUUUGCCAGUAUUUUCAGAUCAUUUAUGCUCUGUACUGGUAACCUGACUGGGUGCUGAAUGUGAAUGUUGUGAAAUUCAUGUCCAAUUUAUGUAUAAAUGUCCAUUUUGUGUAUAAAUGUCCAAUUCAUGUAUACAUCGAAACCACUAGUUAUUGUGUAGUCCUAAGGUUCUACUACAAGCCUGCAGAUUAUUCUGGGCCCAAAGCAUUUUUAUAACAACUCUGGUUGAAAGUCAUGUGUUAGGCAAUCUUUUUGAGCAAUGAACAAAGUAGUGGGUACUUGAAUGUGAAAAUUUUUUUUCAUGAUGUGAUGUACUUUUAUAAAAAAGUAUGAGUACCAUUGUCUUAUGAUAAGUGCAGUAAUAAUAAAUAGCAGGUUUAGGUCUUAUUCUCAUGAAUCAGUCAUAAGUCUUUUUGUAGCCAAACUGUUAUAGACAGAGCUCCAUUGGAGUUGGGGGGG